UAACGUCGUGACGUCGUCGCCCGAACACGAACGCCAGUGUUUCCGACCACAAUAUUUCUAGAAAAAAAAAUAAUAAGAAUUUAAUAAGAAUUCAUUUUUUUUUUUUUGUUCCCAUCCAGACGUCGGCCGCCUAUCGACGGGCGCGUUUAUUUUGUAAUUUUUUUUUUGUUCGCUGUCUUCCGCCACUCCGCGUCACGUCGGCGCCAUUCUGGAUCGGGCAAACGUUUGUUUCGAGUAGAAAAAUACGGUUGUAAAAUAAAAUAAAAAUUGCUUAAAAAACAGUUUGCGCUCCUCAACUUCGGUCCGGCCAAACGGCGGCAGCAGCGAUACGAUUCGUCGUCAGCGGUGCAAUGCUAUUGUGUUGAAUGCCAUCCACUGCGCGCAAUCGCCCGUCGGAGUGAUCGUCGACAGCGAAGAAGUGGGGCCAAACCGCCGGCAAGAGGCAUCCACCGCCAGCAAGGGCGUUGGCGUUUUCUCACGGUGCGACACGAUGAUCGCGCCCGGUAUAAAUGACUGGUGAUGCUACACCGGCGCGCCGGUCAUUAUGCCAUCCGGGCCGCGGAGGUCGUUGUCAUCGUCGUCGCGGUGGUUCGGGUCACGGUCCUCCUGCGGGCGCCUGAUAACGAGGCAUGCGGCUGGUACAGAGCAUAGCGGGCCGACGGGAGUCCGGGGACGCGCAGCCGGCCACUUCUACUAGCAGCACCAGGCUACUACACCAUGGACAGUCGGCAGACCUGGAACAGAUCAGCAUCGUAUCGUCCAACGCCACCCCAUCGCAAGUGACCUACGGCUCCGGUUUGGCCACAGCUAACGGUCCCAGGAUCGUACCAGGUACAAUAACCAGUACUGGUCGUAUAGGAGAACGGCUGAGCAUAUCCGGAACGAGAUUAGACUCCGGAAGUCCAGUGAGAUUCGGACCCAAAUCUAGCGCCGAAUCACUAAGGAAUUCUGCUGCUCGUCAUAGCUUACUCGACCUAGUAGGAUGUAAAUUUGGAGUGAGUCGGAAACCUCCUCAAACGUGUUUCUCCAGUUCCCGAGACUCGUUGACGCCAACUUAUCCCAACCGGACGGUCUGCCUGCCCAGCGGUAUUGCCAGCUCGGACUCUGACAUCGCUGCCAAGGCGGUCAAAUCCGGUCACCGGCCGAGCCGCGUCAACUUCGACGGCGCCGCCACAGCCACGGCUCCCACGGCCUCCACCACAGGCAGGGCGUCCUACAACAAUGCUCGAGGCUCCAUCUGCUUCGACGGAGGCCGGCAGAAGAACGGCGGUCCCCGGCAGUACCGGGGCGACAGACCCGCGGAACGAGCCAAAGGCAUACGGUGGUCGUUCGUGUUCGACCCGGCUGGCCAGCUGUGCUACUAUUGGAACAUGGUCGUGUCCAUGGCGUUUCUCUACAACUUCUGGGUGAUCAUCUACCGGUUCGCGUUCAGCGAAAUCAACCGCAACACGCUAGUGGUGUGGUUCUGUCUGGAUUACCUGUGCGACCUGUUGUACGUCAUCGACAUACUGUUUCACUUCCGGACAGGAUACCUGGAGGACGGUGUCCUGCAGACGGACGCGGUCAAGCUGCGCAACCACUACAUGAACUCGACUACGUUCUACAUCGACUGUCUGUGCCUGUUACCGCUCGACUUCCUCUAUCUGUCCAUUGGCUUCAACUCGAUACUCCGGUCGUUCCGCAUUGUGAAGAUCUACCGGUUUUGGGCGUUCAUGGACCGCACGGAGCGGCACACAAACUACCCGAAUCUCAUACGGUCCGGCAGUCUCAUCCAUUACCUGCUGGUGAUAUUCCACUGGAACGGCUGUCUGUACCACAUCAUCUACAAAAACAACGGGUUCGGCAGCAAGAACUGGGUGUACACCGACUCCGACGCCGAAGACACGGACACGGUCAAGCGGUACCUGCAGAGUUAUUACUGGUGCACGCUGGCGCUGACCACCAUCGGCGAUCUGCCCAAGCCCAGGAGCAACGGCGAGUACGCGUUUGUCAUUUGCCAGCUGCUAUUCGGCCUGCUGCUGUUCGCAACCGUUCUCGGUCACGUGGCCAGCAUCGUGGUCAGCGUGAGCGCCGGUCGGAAAGAAUUCCAAGAUGGUACUGCUCAAUCUAAACUGGAUGGUGUCAAAACGUAUAUGCGAAUGCGUAGAGUACCAAAUCACUUACAAACCAAAGUCAUUAAGUGGUUUGAUUACCUUUGGUUAACGCAGAAGUGUUCCGACGAGGAAAGGGCUAUUAGUUGUUUGCCAGACAAAUUAAAAGCUGAAAUCGCAAUAAACGUGCACUUAGACACGUUGAAGAGGGUGGAAAUAUUCCAAAACACAGAAGCCGGUUUUCUCUGCGAAUUAGUUCUGAAAUUAAGGCCAGUCCUGUUUUCUCCCGGAGAUUACAUUUGUAGGAAAGGCGAAGUGGGAAAAGAAAUGUACAUAGUGAGCAGAGGCAAAUUACAAGUGGUCACCGAUGAUGGCAAAUCGGUGUUGGCCGUACUGCGUGCAGGGUCGUACUUUGGUGAAAUCAGCAUACUCAACAUGGGCACAGCAGGUAAUAGAAGAACUGCUUCCGUCCGUUCGGUGGGGUACAGUGAUCUUUUUGUGUUGUCCAAAAAGGACAUGUGGGACGUGCUCAAAGAAUAUCCCACAGCUAGGAUUAGGCUCGAAGCAAUAGCUACAAAACGUCUAGAAAAAUACAAAACCGAUCCUAGUCCGGACGACAAGUUAGAAGGUUUAGUCGGUAGGCGGUGUAAAUCUACUCCCGGAAUCGUGGAGAGCCAAAUAAAAGUGGACGAGGAAAUGUGGAUGCAAUCCAGUGAAGCACUUUUGAGACCGAUCAACCAAAAUAGAUCUUCAUUUAGUCCUGCCGCCAGUCCGAGUUUUAGAUCGAACGCGGCUGCGACUCUGGAGUCUCCUCUGUCCAGCAAGUAUUCUUUAGAUCAAGAACAUCACCAUCACAAUGCUCAAGAUGCUCAAAAACCCACUACUACGACGCCCAGCACGGAACCGUCGAUGGUCUCGGCGUUGAAAGCGGAAAUCAACCGUCUCCAAGAACGACUGAUCGCCGUGGAAACGGAAAACCUGUACCUGAACAAAAAGGUCACCCAGCAGAGGUGGGACAUGGACCACAGGCUGGCCGAAAUCGAGAUGCAGAUCUGCAAAGACAACGGCAGCAGCAACGGCAGCAGCUGCGACGACAACGAACGAAACAAGGAGUCGAUAAUUUAACACAUUUUCGGAUUCAAGUCCGCCAAACGGAUCCGCCGGCAAAAGACUGACGUCAAUGUUAUUUUCGAUUAUUAUUAUUAUUAUAUUGUUAAAUUGUUUCAUUAUUAUUUUUUCAAUUGUUUUCAAAUUACCAGGGUGAUGUUUAACUUGUCCAGCCUCGUCCGGAAACGGUCAUAAUAAUAUUAACUUAACCCUCCCUCUCGAUAGAUAACAAUAUUACUUAUUAUAAGAGUAUUAUUGCCCAUAUUUUUGUGCGACGGCCAGCGUUUAUAUAUUAUCUUCUACUAGUAUGUUAUUAUUCGUUUAUUAUUACAUCGCUUUGGUUUUCGCCAAUACUAUCCAUCCAAUGUAUAAAAACAAUACGGCCAAAUACGAAUGACGAUUGUGUAUUAAGUGCACCUAACUUUGACUACUCGAAUUAUAGUUUUUAUUAGAUUCACACAGCAAACAGAGUGUGGUUUGUUUGCAAAUUAUAAUAAAUAACUGAUGACUAUUUAUACCUUCCAUUAAAAGUUAUACACGUGUGUUUAUUAAUAUGUACAUUUUUUUUUUACAACUAUAACAAAAUAAUCUGGUGUUGAAAAUUAUGUUUUACAAAGAAACGGUUCACCUUCCUCGAAGGUAUUCACCCAUAAAGAUUUAGGAUCAGAUACUAGAUUAUUGUUGUUGGUUAUUGAAAAAAAUAAUAUUAUAAUUAUUGAUAAACGGUAAAACGUGAGAAAGCGAAACAGAAAGCGAGAUACGGUGUCCGAAUUGAUUGUUUUUUUUUAAGUUUCAUUUUCCCACAUUAAUUUUUAUAUACUUAACGUUAUUAUUAAUAUUAAUAUAGUUUAUUUUUGGGACCAAUAUUAUAAAUUGAGCGUACCGGGCACUGUUUUACAAUAAUGUAUAUUAGAGCCGAAACCAAAAAAAAAAUUGCAUUCGAUUUGGAAAUAUAACAUAUUUAUACAUUUUUUUAUACUUUUUAUUAUUUCAUAUUCAGUCCAAAUUGCAUUAAUUAUACCUAUAUUAUUAUGUAAUUCAUAUAAUACACAUACCUUCAAUUUUUUGUAGGUAUUUUAAACUCGAAAUAUUACUAUAAAGUAUUUAUUUAAACAUUAUAAUAUAUACAAGUUAUAUGUUUUAGUGG